CCAUCGACUUUUUCAGUCCAUCGGGGCGCCCCCAUCGACCGUGUCCUCGAAUCUCGAGUCACCGGAGUUCAAAAGCCAUCGAACCCGCCCCCUAUAAAAUAGAAAAGCGGCGACCAAGGUUCUCCUUCCCGCCUGCUGCGGCGGCGCAUGGUGAGCAGGGCGGCGCCGGCGAGGGGAGCAAACCCUGGAAGAACCCAGCACCUGUCCCUCUGCCCCUCGCCCUCCAAAACCCUAGAAUUCCCGAAUAUCAAAACCCUAGAUCUCGAUCUCGCCCCGUAGUUUGAUGCGCCGAUCGAAUGCCCGGCCCCCGGCAUUCGAUCCCGACUCGGCGAGCAGCAUGGACGCGUCCAAGCCUCAGCUCCGCCCUCCCCCGGCCCGCCUCUCCUUCGCCUCCCGGAUCUCUUCCCCGGGCCCUAAGAACCAUCGCACCGGCAUCCGGAUCUUCCUCGCCACGGCAGCUGCUGCGGCCGUGCUCCUCUGCCUCCUCCACGUAUAUAGGAGCUCUGGCUCUUCGAAAUUCGGGAUUAUUGUAGAUGGCGGGAGUACCGGGAGUCGGAUCCAUGUCUUCGGCUAUACCAACAGGCAGGGGGCGUUGCCAGUGCUCGAUUUUGGGGUGAUGGCGUCGAUGAAGGCGAGCCCGGGGCUCUCGGCUUACUCGGGGGAUCCGGAGGGCGCGGGGAGAUCGCUGGUGGAGCUGCUAGAAUUUGGGAAAGCGAGAGUGCCGAGAGAUCAGUGGGGCGAGACCGAAAUUAGGCUCAUGGCCACGGCAGGCUUACGGUUGCUUGAUGCUGGGGUUGCGGAGAGGAUUUUGGACUCUUGCCGGAAGGUUCUGAGGUCGUCGGGAUUUCAGUUCCAGGAUGAUUGGGCCACUGUGAUCUCAGGCUCUGAUGAAGGCAUCUAUGCAUGGGUUGCUGCAAAUUAUGCCUUGGGUUCUUUAGGAGGUGAUCCAGGAAAAACUACCGGGAUAAUUGAGCUUGGUGGGGCUUCAGCUCAGGUAACAUUUGUUUCAAGUGAACCUCUGUCUCCAGAGUUCUCACAUGUGCUUAAUUUUGGGGAAACCACAUACAAUCUGUACAGCCACAGCUUUCUUCAUCUUGGUCAGAAUGUUGCAUAUGAGUCACUUCAUGAAUUGCUUAGCUCAAGAGUCCUGAAAUCAUGUGGGGAUCAGAAAGUAUAUGGAGAAAAGGUAGAUCAUAUGAGAGGAAAUUUGGAAGAAGCUGCAGAAUCUCAGCAGGAGCCAAUAUAUAGAGAUCCUUGCACUCCUAGAGGAUAUUCACAUAGUGUGGAAUCACUCAAGCUCUCAGCUGGUGUUCUCAAUUCAAGGACUGAAUAUCGGCCUGUUGCCCAUGCAACUGGUAACUUUUCUGAGUGUAGAUCAGCUUCAUUGGAGCUGCUACAGAAGGAAAAAGAUAAAUGCUUGCAUCAAAGCUGCUACUUGGGAUCAGCACUCAUGCCUAAAUUGCAUGGGAGAUUGUUGGCAACUGAGAAUUUCUUUUACACAGCAAAGUUCUUUGGUCUGGGUCCAACGUCAUUUCUUUCUGAUUUGAUGUUGGCUGGGGAACAAUUUUGCGGUGAAGAUUGGUUAAAGCUAAAAGGCAAUUAUCAUUCCACGGAUGAGGACGAUUUGUUGCGUUAUUGUUUCUCUUCAGCAUAUAUUGUGGCCCUACUGCACGACAGUCUUGGAAUUGCUCUGGAUGAAAAAAGCUCUGUUUUGUCUGCAGGAUUGGGUUUGCAAAUCAGGUGGGUGGUAUCCCACUCGACUGGGCGUUGGGUGCCUUCAUAAUGCAGAAAAUGCCAAAACAGAGUCCUGAACACUCAGGUUGGAUCACUGCCAUUGUCGGCAAUGACUCAUCAAUUCUCUCCCUAUUUCUUGUUCCUUCUGUGCUAAUUAUGACAGCAUGGACCGUGUCAAAAUGGAAGAAACCACAACUCAAGACCAUAUAUGACUUGGAGAAAGGACGCUACAUCAUAAGACAGGUUAACCGAUGAUAUUUCUUGCAACUUGGCGUCGAGUUACAAGAGGUAGAUGGCCUCCAUCUACUUUACGUCUGAAUUUAUAUUUUAAUUUAUUUUAGUGCUCAUUAUGGUUCAUUCUCAUUGUCACGCUAUUGCUUUUGUGUUGUAUCUCACUGAUUGCAAAUUAGAGAGAGAGAAGGAAAAAAAAAAAGGAAAGGGGCAGAAAAACUAUAGUUGGGGCUUACGUGCACCUCCUUUGGGGAAUGGAACAUGAAAACAUCACUUAUUUGGGCCACCAGCUUUCUUAUGGGCCUUCUUGGAUUAGUGAAUCACCCAUCUAAUAUUAAGUGAUGGCUUAGUGA